AUGGUGCAAUCCAUGGGGAAGAUCCCCCUCUAUAGUUUGUCAUGGUCCAAGUUUGCGGACCUGGUAAAAGAAACUUACUGCCCUCAACAUGAGGUGGAAAAAGUAGAGACAGACUUCUUGACUCUGGUCAUGAAGAAUUUGGAUUGCAGGACCUACGUCACUGAUUUUAAUUCCAUGUCAAGAUUGGUCCCAUAUCAGGUUACCCCCGAGCCUAAGCGCAUUGCAUGCUUUAUUGGUGGCCUAGCGCUAGAGGUUAAAGGGAAUGUAAAGGCUUCAAGGCCUGCUACCUACAGAUCAGCUGUGGAUCUGUCUCUGUCCCUCACAUUAGAUGUUAUUAGAAGCGGGUCUGGAAAGACCACUGAUGAGGGAAAGAUAAAAAGAGAAGAUGAUAACUCUCACCGUUCUGAUAAGAAGAAAAAGGGGAGAUUUGGCUUCAAGAAGAACCAGGAUAGAUCAGACUCACAGGCUAAACCAUGUGGAAUUUGUAAGAAGAAGGGUCACAAAACCCUGGAGUGCAAGAAUUUGAAAGAUGCAGUCUGCUAUGGCUGCAAUGAAAAGGGGCACAUAAAAACAAAUUGCCCCAAGAACGCGAAGAAGCCUGAUGAGGCUAAGAAGGGGAAUGUGAGGGCAUUCUAUUUAAAUGCAAAGCAGGCGGUAAACGAUGACAACGUUAUAACAGGUGGAGAUAAGUCUUUUGUAGACCUUAAGUUUAGUGAACUGUUAAAUCUGCCCAUUAGAACUCUAGACAUUAAAUAUGAGGUAGAGCUUGCCGAUAAUCAUUCUAUUCCGUUAUCUCUUCUGCCAAUGAAAUUGGCGGGGUUUGACGUAGUUCUAGGCAUGGAUGGUUUAUCACAUAACCAAGCCCGUAUCGCCUGUGAUAAGAAACUCGUUGACAUUAAAACCCCUUCCGGUGAGACGAUCACCAUUCAGGGAGAUACACACUACGGAUUGCCUGAUCAAGUGUCAAUACUUAAGGCAUCCAAGUGUUUAAAAAGCGGAUGUAUUAUCUACAUGGUACAGGUAACAGUGGAUGAGCCAAAGCCCAAGAUAGAAGACAAUCUAGUCAUCGCUGACUACCCCGAUGUUUUUUCCUGA